AUGUACCAAGACGAUUACUCAUCGGUAGCAUCCGAUAUCGACACGCAUAAUAUUCAAAUUUAUCUGAGUGUCUUUUUUGCACAUAAUAAACUCGGAGCUGCCUUUUAUGAUUCGACUUCAGCAAUAAUUUAUUUUAUUCCAGAUGUCGAAGAAACGUCACGGUUUGAUAUUACUCAACAGAUUCUAUCUGAUAUUCAACCAUCGAUAGUUAUUUGUUCCGCUAAAACAAGCGAUGAAUAUUAUAAAGCAUUAAAUGAACAGUUGAAUAUUCAAACAAUUGAUGCAAAUAAUCCAUCGACAAAUACGAAAUUACAACUCGUACCACAAGCUUAUUUUCAUAAAGAUACUGUUGAAAGGACGAUUUUGACACUGAAAUCACUAUAUCCAAUAACAUGUGAUACUGAUGAAAAAAAACGUGCUUAUAUUUCAGCAAAAAUGCCUUUUAAUCUUCCAAACACCUUAAGUGCAAUCGGUGGUCUUUUGCCAAUUAUUGAAGAACGUUGCCCGGCUUUAUCAUAUGAAUUUGAUUUUCUUGCUGGAAACAUUCUUGCGCUACGCCCUUAUGAUCUUAAUGCUUUAAUGAUAGUACAUCCAUUUACUUUUCGUGCAUUGGAAAUUUUCAACCCUAGUUUUCAUCCAUCGAUAUAUAAAGCUAAUACGGCGAAUAAUCUACGAGAAGUUAAUAGUCUUUUUGCUUUUUUAAAACGAUGUGUAUCAUCAAUUGGAAAUCGAAAAUUAAGAUCAUGGUGUCUUAAACCAUGUCGAUCACCGGAAAUAUUACAACGUCGAUAUGAUGUUAUUCAAUUUUUUCUUGAUCCAAAUCAAUUUGAAUUAUUGCGAACAUUACGUGACCAUUUAAAACCAGUAGUCAAUAUUCCAGUUUUACUUCGAAAAGUUUUUGAUCAAAACACAAAAGUAUCUAUAUGGAAACAAAUCAUCGAAUCGAUUCGAGCAACACUUCGAAUUCGUAUGGCCUUAGUACCAUUUCGAACGAAUACAUACUUUUUUGAUGAUUUAUGUUCAAAACUCACCGAUGAUUUACCAAGAUUAAUGACUACUAUUGAAACAAGUAUUGAUUUACAACGAAGUGUACGUGACAAUCGUAUUGUAUUCAUUGAUCCAACUGAUCCAGAUCUUGAACAAUUACGACUAGAUCUGGUUCAAUUGAAUGGAAAACUUCAUCAACAAGCUGAAUUUGCUAAUAAUCUUUUAUUACAAUGUGGAAUUGAUUCAAGCUAUGCCUUAACUCAAGAUAAUGGAAUUUUAUUAAUUAAAGGAGACAAAUUUCAUCAUGACGAUCUUAUUUGGAUUGAUCGGCAAGGACAAAUAUGGCGAUGUCGUACUCGUGAAAUGAACGUAUCAAGCGAAGAAGCUGAAGAAAAAAGAAAACAAUUACUUGCUAAAGAAUUAGCUAUUAAACGAAAUCUUUCCUUGGCUUUACGUGAUGCUACUGAAUUGUUUGUUGAUGCAACAGAAUUCUGUUCACAACUUGAUUGUUUACUUUCAUUUGCGUUAAUUGCUUACGAACAAAAUAAUUAUACACGACCGGAACUAGUAGUGAACAAUCGAAUUGAAAUUAUCGAUGGAAGACAUCCAUUAUUACCAAUUACGACAGUCAUUCCAAAUGGUUAUAUAAGUGAUGUCAAUCCUAAUCAAGCUAAUAUACAUAUUAUAACUGGAUUUAAUUGUUCUGGAAAAACUAUCUAUAUAAAACAAAUUGGAUUACUCGUUUAUAUGGCUCAAAUUGGUUGUUUUGUACCGGCUGCUAAAAUGCGGCUUGGUUUAAUGGAUAAAUUAUUUGUUAAAAUUCAUACUGAUAAUCAUCUUACCUUGGGCGUAUCAAAUUUUCUGCGUGAUCUAUUUGAAACAUCAUUUGCUGUUGCUGGUGCUACUGGUCGAUCAUUAGUACUGAUUGAUGAAUUUGGUAUUGGUACCAAUGAGAUUGACGGUACAGCAUUAUUAGCAUCACUUAUAACUAUAUGGUCUAAAUCUGAACAAGCAUGUCCACAUCUUAUAAUAUCAACUCAUUUUCAUGAUCUUAUUCAACAACGUCUCGUAUCAACAAGUUCAAGAAUUCGCUGCAAAACAAUGGAAACCAUGUAUGAUGAUGAUGGUAAACUUGUAUAUUUAUAUCGAGUUAUCGAUGGUCUAUGUACUCGAAGCCAAGCAUUCAGUGCUGCAUUAACUGUAGGCUUGCCCAAUGGUGUUGUUCGACGUGCAAAUGAGUUACUUGAUAAAAUCGAAAAUAAUCAAGUACUUCAUCCAAUGAGAAAUUUUACUGAUAUGGAAGAAAUGGUUGAUCUUGUUGAAAAAGCAGUACAAGUUAAUGUAAAUGACUAUAGUCAAAUAGGAAAUUUUUUCCAAUAUCUACACGAUAUUAUCAUUAAACAUGUACCAAACCAUAGCAAUGAAUAA